AUGGAACACAAGAACCACACCUACAGUAUCAAGAGCGGCUACAACGGCACGGUCUACUACAUCUGUAGCCGUGUCCGCUCGACCGGCUGUCCGGCUCGUCUGACUGUCAAGUCAACCGGUGUUGUCCUGGAGGUUAACAGCCACACCUGUGACCCCCCACGUGAAACCGUUAUCGACGCUUCGGCCGAGAUGAAGGAGAUCAUCGAGACACUGACCGCAAGCGACAUGGCUAUGGCUCCGACGCGCGUUUGGUCCACCGCGAUGGCGACUCUUCACCGGAAGUACGGCAAGUCGGCGUCCCUUCGUGUGAUGGCGAAACCGUCAGCCGUUUCGUUUGUCAAGAACGUUAGACGGGAGUUAACAGGCGGUGACGUGUUCCGUGCAAUCGAAUUGGAACCCACGUCACUCGUCAGCGCUGAUGACGCCCGCCCCUUCCUGCAAUUCAGCUAU